AUUUGACAACAAGUCAAAAAUGGCAGAUCAAUGUCCAAAUAAAAAUGACAUACAAUUGGUGUUUAAGAGGUUGCGUGCGAUUACGCACAAUAAGGUGUGCUUCGACUGCGACGCGAAGAACCCCACGUGGGCGAGCGUGACGUACGGGGUGUUCAUCUGCAUCGACUGCUCGGCCGUGCACCGCGGCCUGGGCGUGCACCUGUCCUUCGUGCGCUCCACGCAGCUCGACACCAACUGGACCUGGCUGCAGCUGCGGCAGAUGCAGCUGGGCGGCAACGCCAACGCCCUGACGUUCUUCCGCCAGCACAACUGCGCGACCACAGACGCUCAGCAGAAGUACAACUCCAGAGCGGCCCAGCUCUACCGAGAGAAGCUGCAUCACUUGGCCAUACAAGCCAUGAGGUUACAUGGCACCAAGUUACAUUUGGAAGCCCACACAGAACCAGCAGCAAAAACAGAAGAGAAGGAAGACGAUUUUUUUUCCGAGCACUCAAAAAUAGAAGCACAAGUGGAAGAAAAUUUGGAAGAUAAUUUGAACCGUGCAAAUGGCUCCCUGCAGAACCUCGCCCCGGGCACUGGCCCCAGUGUGGAGGCCGCCCUGAACGCCAGCCCCGCCGACGUGUCGCACGACAGGAAACCAACCAUCGGUGUUCGAAAACCUGUUUCCAAGCGUCCAGGGAUGAUGGGCGGGAAGAAGGGGGGGCUGGGCGCGCAGAAGGUGAAGACCAACUUCGCGGACCUGGAGCGGGACGCGGCGCGGGCGGACCAGCUGAAGGUGCAGGCGGCGGAGGAGGCCCGGCUGGUCUCGGAGCGCUCGGCCGAGGAGGAGCAGAAGAGGAUGGCUUCGAUGCGUCUGGCCUAUCAAGACCUGAGUGUGCAGCAGAAGAAAGAAGAAGAGAAGUUGAAGAAGGUCGACCCAAAGAAGGCCCAACAAAUCGAGCGCCUAGGCAUGGGCUUCGCAUCGCGCACGGGCGUGAGCCACUCGGCCUUGAGCGACAUGAAGGUCAUCGACCAGGAGAGUCCCAGCAAGGCGGCCGGCAGUUCCAGGUCGGCCUUCGACCGCGACGAGAGCUUCUUCGACGACUACAGUUUUUCCUCGGGAUUCGGAAUGUACAAGAGCGGCGCGGGGGACAGGAGCCUGGACUCGUUGUUCCCGGAGGGCAGCGCCGGCCGGGACCGCCACUCGCCCUCCAAGGGCUGGGUGGCGGUGGAGCCCGAGAGCCAGCGGCCGGCGCAGGAGAGCCGCCCGCGCCGGGCCGAACCCCCCGCCCCUCCCCCCGACUCCGACCAGGCGCAGAAGAAGUUCGGCAGCGCCAAGGCCAUCUCCUCCGAACAGUUCUUCGGAGACUCCGCGGACAGCUCGUGGGAGCGCAAGGCGAACCUGACCCGCUUCGAGGGCUCGUCGAGCAUCUCGUCGGCGGACUACUUCGGCGCGGGGCCCGGCGGGGGGCCGGGCGCCCGGGGCGGAGGCGGGGGGCUGACCGCACAGCUGCACACGCCGGACUUCGACGACGUGCGGGAGAGCGUGCGCCAGGGGGUCACCAAGGUGGCCGGCAAGCUCAGCUCCAUGGCCAACGGGGUCAUGUCGUCCAUACAGGAUCGCUACGGGUACUGACGACGGCUCGCUAGCGCGGUGCUGGGUCCUGGGAGGCGUGUGCCGCUCCCGGGACACGGCCCCCCAACAGGUGCCUUCGCCAGCCCGGAGCCCCGGAGCACGUCUCUGCUUGUGUUUUGCUACGUUAUGUUGUGUUGUGUUGUGUUUCUUUUUCCACUCAGCACUGUUUGUAUAUAUAUCUUUAGUUCGUAAAUUUAUUCUGUAUGAAAGUUAUUUUUCCAAUCACGUGUUAUAUCAAGCACUUUUUUUUUUGGUUCUGCUGUUCUCCUCUUAUAAGUAUUUUGAAUUAUAUUUUUAUUUAUGAAGAAAAAAAAAUAUGCAUUUGUUCAAGAGUUUCACGCAUUUAAUUUUUUUGUUGGAUGUGGUUAAUCUGUGUCCUAAAGUAUCGUACAUGUUAAUUUCGCCAUUUUCUAUAAAUGUUUAGUUUUCAGUAUUUAGGGUUAUGUAAGUUGUAAUUGUUAGGUGCAAUUUCUUUGUAAGUGAACAUUUUAAUUUCCAAAACAAAUUACAGAACACUAUAGAAAUGUGUGUGUCACUGCUGUUUUGUUAGUACAGUAAACUCUCGAUUAUCCGUGUUAAUUGGGACCUUCCGAUGCCCGGAUAAUUGAAUGCCCAUAAAAAAAACCGGAUAAUCCGUUUCACCACUUAAAAAUGGUGUAUUUACUGGCAAAAGAGUGUCUCUUCAGUAUAAUUCUAUGAGUACAAGCAAAGGCUUUGUAUACCGUGUCCCAGCUUAUUGGACGGUAAACAAUACUGGCACUAUGUUGCCACCAUCCUUCUCCUGUCCCCUUUAUUGCUACGGGAGGGAGAGCGGCGGCAGUCCCAACUCAGCAUCUCCCUCCACCCUUUUAACGACCUAUUAUCCGGGGUCACUACAACAUAAGUGUCUGAACCACAGCACAAUAUUAUACACCUUCCCCCCCCCCCUUCCAGCUAUUGCAUUUUAUUUUUCUACCUCGCGCGGCAAGAUAUUGUUUCUUGUUAAUUCCGCCUAUUAAAAUUAGGAUGCACUUUACAGUCAUAACUACGAGUAUGGGAUAAUGCGAGACCUUCGAAGUUACGAGAGUUUUGAAAUGCACCGUCAGUUUGACUACGUAAAUAGUAAUCCUAAACUAAUCAGGUUAUUACGAGUGCUUCCUUGUUGGCUCUUUCCUAAGAAAGAGUGAUUUAAAUGGCAUCGUCAAACAAGGAAAAAUACCGUUAGUUGGAAGGAAAAAAAGGUUCACGCAGUAAACAAAGGCUGCAAAGCUAGAGAGGGUUGUGGCUAUGCUGGCACCGGGGCUGUGGACCAGUAUCUGUUGAGAAAGAAUGAAGGCUGUUGGGGGGGGGGGGAGGAAGGGGUGUCUGGUGGCAAACAACAUGCUCCCUUUCUCUCUGUCUCUCUCUCUGUCUCUCUCUCUCUCUCUCUCUCUCUCUCUCGCUCUCGCUCUCGCUCGGCGGUUUCAAGAAGCCCUCCCCCCAAUGUGUUUACGUGUGUACCAGAGCCCUGUUCCUUUUGUGCGUGUGUGAGACCUCGUUGCAUGCGUGUGCGUGAAAAAAAAAAACACAAGCACUCUUCUUGUGUAGUUUUAAAGGCUUUAAUGAUGCAAUAUUCCAAUAGGUAAAGGAGGUAGAGGGACCUUUUUUUUUUUUUUUUUAGCGUGGCGGGGCGCUGUGAAAAGAACGCUUGAAAAGAGAAUGAAAAGGUGGGGGGGGUGAGGGGGGGGGGGGAGUUGGAGCCGAAGCAGCAGUCAAGGCAUUCCAUUUUGGUUUAAAGUGUGACAAAUUGACGGGUGAAGGUGGCGGGGGUGAAGGUGGCGGGGGUGAAGGUGGCGGGGGUGAAGGUGGCGGGGGUGAAGGUGGCGGGGAACGAGGGUCUGAAGGGUCUGACACAGCAGUAAAAAAAAAAAAAGCUUCACCCCCUCAUUUUUUUUACACCUUCAUAAAAAAAAUCAAGCACGGAUAACCCGAAAACCAGAUAAUCCAGGCCCGGAUAAUCAAGAGUUUACUGUACAAAUGUUUUCAAGUAUGAAACUUAAUGUGAAUAGUUUUAAAUACAGUUAUAUUACACAUAAACAUAAAUAUGUACAAAAUGCACUGUUUUAUUGAUUAAUAAAUAACUUCCGUACAUAAUAGUAGGAAUUACUGUAUGUUUUAAAACAAUAAUUUAUGAGCCCAAUGUUCACUUAGGGCUGUGCAAAUAUGUUUUUUUAGUGUGAAUCAAUUUGAAUGUGAACAGGAAUUUUAAUAUUAGGAUUUCUUGUAAAAUAAAGGCCUUUAAAAUUUAGGAAAA